GCAGUUGCAGUGGUGCAGAAUGGCUGACCUCAGUCUUGCAGAUGCAUUAACAGAGCCAUCUCCAGAAAUUGAGGAAGAGAUAAAACGGGACUUUAUUGCCACGCUGGAGGCAGAGGCCUUUGAUGAUGUUGUGGGAGAAACUGUUGGAAAAACAGACUAUAUUCCGCUCCUGGAUGUUGAUGAAAAAACCGGGAGUUCGGAGUCAAAGAAGAAACCAUGCUCAGACACUCGCCAGGUUGAAGGUACUCCAUCUUCUCAAGCCACAGUGCUCGCCAACGGUGACCACGGAAUAGAACGGAAUGAUGUCACUGGGUUUCCAACUGAAUUCCUUGAAGAGAAGAUGGCCUACCAGGGAUAUCAGAACAGCCAGAACUGGCCAGAAAAUACAAACUUUUGCUUUGAACCCGAGCAAAUGGUAAAUCCUAUCCAGACUGAUCCCUUUAAGAUGCACCAUGAUGAUGGCCUAGAAGAUUUGCUCUUUCCCCCCAGUGGAACAACCGAUACUUCAGCAUUUGUAGAGCAAAAUGAUCCCCUGAAAGACAGUUAUGGUAUGUUACCCUGCGACACAUUUGCUCCUGCAGCUGUUGUUCCUCAGGGGUGGUCUGCGGAAGCCCCAAACCCUGCACACUUGGAAUCCUUCAUUUCCCCUGAGGCCGUUCCACAGCCUCUGCAGCCAACAGCAGAGCCAGCUGAGAAAGUAGAAAUGGCAUCAGGAGAAGAGAGAGCACCAGCAGAAUCGUUGGAGAUGAUGGUGAAUCUGCAGGCUGCUGACAUGGUGCCAUCUCGAGAAGCUGAGAUGGUCCCAGCUAAAGAUGUGGUGCCAGCCACAGAGACAGAGGUGGCAUUGGCUAAAGACGUGGAAUCACCUACCAAACCAGAUGAGGCACUGGUCAAGGACGUGGAAUCAUCCAUCAAAUCAGAUAUGGCCUUAGUCAAGGAUGUGGUACUACCCAUACAAACAGAGGAAACCGCAGUUAAGGAUGUCGUAUUGCCCACAGAAACAGAUGUGUCUUUGGACAAGCACCUGGCACUGUCCACAGAAACAGAGGUAUCCACAGCCCAGGACAUACUGCUGUUCAAAGAAACAGAGAGCACACCACCUGUUACCAUGGAUUUGGCCUCAGCUGAGGGCACAGUCCCACCUACAGACCAAGAGAUGGCCCCAGUGAAGGGUGCAGCAUCACUCUCAGAGAUAGACGUGCCCCUGGAUGAGAACAUAGUGUCAUCCACAGAAAUACGCUCAGCCAAAGAGAGAGCCCUGUCCUCAGAAACAGAGGUGGCCCUGAUCAGGGAAAUGGGACUGCCCCCAGAAACAGAGGCCGUUCUAGACAAGGACAUGGCUGCACCUCCAGAAACAGAAGUCAUCGUGCCAGUCAGAGACAUGGCUCCACCCCCAGGAAUAGAGAAGACCCUGGCUGAGGACGUGGCUCCACGUCAAGAAAUAGAGGUGACCCUGGGCAAGGAUACGGUUUCACUUCCAGAAACAGAGAUGGCCCUGGGCAGGAAUGUGGCUCUGCCCCCAGAAACAGAGGUAACCCUGGCAAAGGAUGUUGCUCAGCCCCCUGAAACGGACGUGAACCUGGCCAACAAUGCAGCUCUGGCCAAAUUCUCAGAAGCAGAGGUGGUACCAGUUCCUGUUAAGGACAUGGAAACUGCACGGACCCAGGAAGCAACAAGUGAGGAUUCCCAGUUAAAAUCUCUCCAGGAUGAGGGACAGUCAGCUGUACCUCCUCUCAUGACUUCACCAGAAGCAGUCGUGGCCAUGGGCCAAAAGCACAGCUUGCCAACAGAUGAGGAUUCUGUGUUAGAAGAACUAGAGCAAAAGAAACCAUCUAGUCAAACUUCUGAGCUUCCUUCAGAGACUUCAGGUACCCCUCCCACACAAGCCAAACCAGCGUGCAGACCCGGUGACCGCAGGUCCGCCCGGCCCACCCGGCCCAGGCCUGCCAGGGUCCCUCCCGAGCUACUGGGAGGCUCUUCUCCACGGAAGACUCUUGAUCCUGGGCUGGGCCCCUGCCCUUUGUCUGAGCUGGGUUGGGUUUCUGGUUCGUCUUCCUAUGGUGAGCCUGGGAACCAGAGGAAAACUAUUCAUGGUGACUUCCUUGAACCCCAGAGGGAUCUUGGCAGGGAGGCCUGGGAUAUAGAAAGCUCACCAAUGAUGAUGAAGAAAAAAAAGAAGAAACCAAAGCAGAAGAGGUAUUCUCAACCCCGGGCUGGGGGACCUUGGGAUGAUGACAAUGGAGACGAGCCUAAAGGUUCUUCCUUUGCCACUGAGUCACAAAAGUCAGUUGUGCCCCCCAGCCAGCCCACCAGUGGGGGCACAGAACAUGGACUAGUGUCCAGAGAAGACUUGAAAGGGGGAUGUGAAACCGAUUCCAGAGAAGCCAAACUGGUGGUUGAGGGCGUUGUCUCAGACAGUCUAAGUAUUCUUUCACAUCCUUUGGAAGAAGCCCCGAAAACUCUGGUAAAUUCUCAGCCCAAACAGAGAGUUGAGGCACAGGUGAAAGGUAACAAGGCAGCACCACAGGGCCAGGACAAGAAACUGCUGCAAGAUGAGUGCAAACUGCAGGCUGCACCCCACCGCCAGACUCCUGCGGAUGACAGCCAGACAGUCAGCUCCCUCAAUCUGAAAGGACCCCUGACAGAAGUUUCUUCACACAAAGUAGAAAUUCCUUUGGAGGUCCGACCCAAAGAGGGUUGCUCUCCCAUCAUGAACCAAGAGGCUGUGGGUGGAGUUUCAGAACCCAAUGCAGCCAAAGAACUGCCUGCUUCCAUAUCCACUUUGACAGCAGGUCAUCCAUUAGGAAACAGUCUAAAAGAAGGGAAUGAUGAAAGUAAAAUGACUGAACUGCAGAAUGACAAACAGAAAGAGUUUUCUGAAGGAGCUGAAGAGGUUAAAGAACUAAAAAAGGAAAGUGUUCCCAGGCAAAGACAUGAGAACAGCAUCUCUGCUUCUGAGCAGCUGCAGGACACGGUUUUAGCUCAGGCCCCUGGACUAGGGAAUGAACCGUUGAAGAGAAUGGCAGGUGAAGGCAAAAGCAGGAAGGGAAGGACAGGUUCUGGGAAGGUGAGAGCAGGUUCUGGGAAGGUGAGAGCAAAGUCUGAGCCACCGUUCCUUGCAGAUAGCCAGGACAGCAGAGCUGUCUUUGUGCCAAGUGGGAGGAUGGCUACUGGCGAUAAAAGCGAGGAGGUGAGGCUGGAUUCUUCAAAGCAGCCAGGGACUGUGGCUGAGCUCCCUGAAGCAAUAGUGAUGGGGGAGCCUAAGGAGAUGAUGGACCCUAGGGGGGCAGGCACUUUGCAGGCAUUGAUUCCUUUGGGAAAUGGGUCAGGCAUGAGUCAGGUUUCCAGUGCUAGAGCAGAAAGAGGCGCUGUAGCCACAGACAUGGGGGUCAGCAACCAGAGCAAGGAGGAAAAGUGUCCUUGGAUGGGUCAUGAGGCAGCUCCUUGGAUUUUUGAAAAGCCUAAAAAAAGAGUCAGUGAAGGCAAAACCAAAAAGUAUAAAAAUAAUUAUUCCACACAGCCUGCUAGAAUGGAGAGGAAGGAAGAAAUCCUUAACCCACCUUUUGUAAGGAAGGAUGGGGUUACUGGUAGUACUCCCCAUCAAAACAAGGAAUUAGAACCUACUGUCCCUUUGUUCUCAUGUAUAUCAGAUACACCCACAGUGGAAGUAGUUGACCAGAAGGGUAGAAAUGUUGAGGUUAAUUCUUUUGAACUUGAGGCUCUUGGUGGAAAUAAAACAAACACAGGCAAGGAUUCUCCUGUUACUGAACUGGCUUCCAAGAUGACAGACGUGAGUUGCCAAGACCAAAUCCAGGGGGCAGGAUUUGUUCCUUCGGUCCUGGAUGAGGAGAAUAAGACAGAUGUGGCCAAAGGGCACACUGCAGUGGCUGACGAACCAAAUAAAAGGAGUAAUGAUGGAAAAAGCACAAAGACUAAAAAUAGUUUCCCUGAGAAGCACACUCCGGAGAAUAAGAUAGAUGCAACAAAAAUACAUGUUCCCAUGGAAACCAUAGGGGACCACAGAAUUGAAGGAAUGGGCUAUGUGGACGAAAAUAGCAAUAUUACAUUUACCUGCCCCAGAACUCCACCAGGGUUGAUGAAUAAGUCAGUCCCCCUAGAGGCUCAGGAAUCAGCAGCCUGUGAAAAACCACCCACUUCUGCUUCUCAAGUAGUAAAGGAAAGUGAUUCAUUUCCAGGCACCUUGACAGAAAGUAAGCAAGAGACAGCUCCAGCCCAGAUUCCCAAAUUAUUAGAGGUAGAUAGUUACAGCAAAGAUGGAGUCUCAAAGGAACAAAGAUCCAAGGGUCCCUCAGCUAUUAUGCCCUCUAUGAGCACAGGAGGAGUUGCUUCAACUCUGACAAGAGCCAUAGAAACAGUUAGCAAUCAUUCUAACUGCCUGCAGCAUAAAAGUGAGCUUGCUGGUGCCGUGAAAGAUGAAGCAGGCAGAGAUGGAGAGCAUGUGAUAGGAGACUCUGAGUCCAUGCCCAGUGGUGCAUCAGAGCACUCAGUAGAGAAACCCACAGAGCCGGCAGGGGGACACCUUCUUUCUGGAGUGCUGAUAAACGAACCCAGCCUGGCAGGUGAGGUCAGACGCCUAGAACCAUGUGCAGAUAGGAGUAAUUUCCCAACAUGUCCAGUAAACAAAGAGUCUGAGCAAGGUUCUGCUCCAGUUUCAAUUCCUCACCUACUGGGAGACAAAGCACAAAAGCCCAGUUUCUGUGAGGACCAAAGUACUGAAGGUAGAGAUUCCAAGGGCCCAGAUAAUUUGAAUAAGGAGGUAGAUAUGACUCUCUCGCUUCCAGAAAGUGAAAAGGAUAAAAAGGAUAAAUUGGAGGAAAUCAGUCUGGAUUCUGACAUCAGAGAAAUGGCAUAUGUUUCCUUGGCACCACCAGAACUCCAAUCAGAUGUCUUAGAUGGCAAAAUUGAAGUGACUUCUUCAACAAUGAUAGAUGAGUUAGUACUAACUGCUUCUGAAGCUCCUCAACUCCCAGAAUCCAAAGGCAAGAUCUUGGAGGCACCUAAGAAAAUGACAGAAAAAUCUGAAUCAAAGGCACUGGGAGAAGGGAAGAAGGAAGAUAAAAGCAGAGCGGCCGAACCCAUGAAAGGCUACAUGAGACCUACCAAGUCCCGAGGACUGACUCCACUUUUACCAAAAUCUACCAUCCAGGAGCGAGAGCGAUCCAAGCAGCUCAAGUCCAGUGGAAUAGCCAAGCCAGAAGAAGGACAACCUACCGGAAGCGUGUCUGGAAAUGACAUCACCGCCCCUCCAAACAAGGAGCUCCCACCAAGCCCAGAGAAGAAAACAAAGCCUUUGGCCACCACUCAACCUGCAAAGACUUCAACAUCGAAAGCCAAAACACAGCCCACUUCUCUCCCUAAGCAGACAGCUCCCACCACCUUUGGUGGGUCGAAUAAAAAACCCAUGAGCCUUGCUUCAGGCUCAGUACCAGCUGCCCCACCCAAACGCCCUGCUGCUGCCACUGCCAGGCCUUCCACCUUACCUUCAAAAGACACGAAGCCCAAGCCUGUUGCAGAGGCAAAGAUUCCUGAGAAGCGGGUCUCUCCAUCCAAGCCGGCUUCUGCCCCAGCUGUCAAACCUGGCUCCAAGAGCACCCAGGCUGCUCCCAAAGCCCCAGCAACUGCGGCUCUUGCUUCACCUGGGUCAACCAGUAGGAACCUGUCCACACCCUUGCCCAAGAGGCCCACUGCAAUCAAGACUGAGGGGAAACCUGCAGAGAUCAAGAAGAUGGCUACAAAGUCUGCACCAGCUGACUUGAGUCGCCCAAAGAGCACCACCACAAGUUCUGUGAAGAAGAGCACCGCUGUCCCUGGGACAGCACCCCCAGCAGGGGCUCCCAGCAGAGCCAAGCCCACAGCCACGCCUCCCCGGCCCUCCGGGACUCCUCCCGCGGACAAGAAGCCCACAGCAGCCAAGCCCAGCUCCUCUGCCCCGAGGCUGGGCCGCGUGGCUCCCAAUGCUUCUGCCCCUGAUCUGAAAAAUGUCCGCUCCAAGGUCGGCUCCACCGAAAACAUCAAGCACCAGCCUGGAGGAGGCCGGGCCAAAGUAGAGAAAAAAACAGAGGCAGCUGCUCCAGCUCGAAAGCCUGAACCUAACGCAGUCACUAAAGCAGCCGGCCCAAUUGGCAAUGCACAGAAACCGCCUACGGGGAAAGUCCAGAUAGUCUCCAAAAAAGUGAGCUACAGCCAUAUUCAGUCCAAGUGUGGUUCCAAGGACAAUAUUAAGCAUGUCCCUGGAGGUGGUAAUGUUCAGAUUCAGAACAAGAAGGUAGACAUCUCUAAGGUCUCCUCCAAGUGUGGGUCGAAGGCUAACAUCAAGCACAAGCCUGGUGGAGGAGAUGUCAAGAUCGAAAGUCAGAAGCUGAACUUCAAAGAAAAGGCCCAGGCAAAGGUGGGAUCCCUCGAUAACGUGGGCCACCUGCCUGCAGGAGGUGCUGUGAAGACUGAGGGCGGUGGCAGCGAGGCCCCUCCGUGUCCAGGCCCCCCUGCUGGGGAGGAGCUGGCCAUCCCUGAGGCAGCGCCUGAAGCUGGCGCCCCCACUUCAGCCAGUGGCCUCAGUGGCCACACCACCCUGGCAGGGGGUGGUGACCAAAGGGAGGCCCAGACCUUGGACAGCCAGAUCCAGGAGACAAGCAUCUAAUGAUGACAUUCUGGUCUCGUCUUCCGUCCCCCAUGUCCCCCCUCUUGUCUCCCGUUACCCUCUCCCUUCCCUCCUCCCGUGUCACUGCAGAUUGAGACCUACAGGCUGACGUUCCGGGCAAACGCCAGGGCCCGCACCGAUCACGGGGCCGACAUUGUCUCCCGCCCGCCCUCACUUCCCUGGCGGCCCCAGCUCAGGCAGCCAGGCCCCUAGCUUCCCGCCCCAGGCUGCCCCCUAGCCUGUGGCUCGGCCCGGGCAGCCCUCUAGGCGACCCCUCCCUCCCUCCCUCCCUCCCUCGCUUGCCCAGGGCAGCAGCAGUUCCCCCCACACCCACGUUCCUUCCACUUCCUGCCCCAGGCCCAGCUCCCUGCUUGGCUUGCAUCCUCACCACUUCGCGCCAGUGCUCCACGGAGAAGGUUGGGUGGAAAAUGGGGUGGGGAAGAAUAAGUUUGGGAUCUCCUGAGACCUGGGGUGUAGGGGCGAGCUGGAUCCCAGCAAUCCUCUUCAUUUUGUUUGGGUUUUUUGGACCAAACCCAAGAGAAACUGACAUACCCUCCCUCCUCACUGGUCCUUCCAGAGGGAAGAGUGGAAGCAGACGUCCACGUGACGCCUGCUGUUAUAACUGCAUCCCCUGGAGCCUGCUAAGCCACUGCCUCUUCCUUUGACCCUACGAUGGUGCCCGCCGUGCAGGUGGUACCAGGCGCCACUUGCUGCCCUCCCCGUUAGUCAGAGGCAGCGUUGCCUGUCCCCGCUCCUCCCCAUACCUGCCUAGCUGCUGUCACACUUUGUUUUCUUUUUUAAUAACCUAAAAACCAGUGGAGUAGUUUUGCAGGUUGAAGCCAUGUCUAAAUGAAAGUCCUCAGUAGGUGUUAAAGGAAACAGGGAGGGGAGAUUCUGAAGCCUCCAGCCGGGGGGUCAGGUGUCGGGAGCUGCCCUGGCUUGGGCAGCUCGGGGCCCCAGCCCCGGAGAUGGUGUGGGCAGGGCAGGCAUGGUGUGGGGGCUGUGGGCUAGAGAGCAGGCAGGGACCGCUAGGGGCUGGUCAGUGUGGACUGGUGGUUCUGGCAUUUUGUGUGUAUGCUGCUUUUCUUUUCUAACCAAGAGGCUGGUUUUGCCAUCUGUUUGUCUCAUUCCCUGGGAUCUGGUGGAAGACAUAAAAUUGGGACUGGAGAGGGCCACGGAGGUCAAAUUCCUCCAAGCCUGCAGCCUAGGACACUGCCGGGGAGCCCGAUGUGUCCAGCACGUGUGUGGAUAGUGGGGAAUCAAUGUUGGAAAUUUAGAAACAAGGACAUGCAGUGGGCCAUCCAGGCUCCCUUGUAGCCUGACUGGAGACGGGGAGAGGCGAGGCAAGCCCAGCCUGAGGAAGCGUGUCCCAGUUAGGCCUGGUCUUGGGAUGGCUGCAAUGAUUAGCCCUGGGGAUUAUAUUGACAUGAAGAUUCUUAUUGCACUUGUAUUUUUUUGUAUUAAAGUUUGCAUGGUUUCUAAUAAAGGAUUAAAAUGUAACAGUUUGUAGUCAAAUGGCCUGGGAGUCUCCAAGGCUUCUCCUCUGAAGUGUUUUCUGCAGUGCAGACUUGGCCCCUUACCCUCCCACCUCCUCUUCGGGCGUCCCCUGGCAUUGAGAAGGUGGGGGGGACCUCGAACUAGGCUUCAUGCAGAUUUGAUGUCUGUAUAGAGGGAGGGUGUCUGGGCUGGGAAGGUUCUCCCCGUUUCUGAGGUAGCAUUUUCUCCAGAGAGGUUUGAUACCACAUCCCCAACUCCCCAAGCACUACCAGGGGUAGAAAUUGCAGGGAUCUUGUGGAAAAAGUACUUCCAGAGCCAGAGGCCGUCCAGGGUGCUUCAGUAGCGCCAGGGACAUCACGGUGUCCAUGCUUUGUCUGCAGAAAGGGGUGAGGGAACAGGGAGGACAGUGGGAGGCGGGUGGCAGUGACAUGUUGACACUGAGGUGGGCGAGCUCUGGGUCUUUACUCCUUUGGCCAAAAGCAGGGGUGGGAGAGGUGACCCCCGUGGAGGGCCCUUGAGGGGGCGCUGGAGUGGUUAGUGUUCUGAAGGGUGGUCUGGUCACAGUUGCCUUGAUGGGUCCCACCAGCCAGAGCAGCUAAGGCUGCCCCAACAGGUGGGCCCAGAGGCCCUGCAUGCUCUGCUCUGCAGCCAUCGGGGCAGGGACGUUUCUGUGCUUCCCCAUUUGCUUAUGGCUCAGCCAUUCCUCAUGUCAAUCUGUGAUUCUGUUGUAACGAUUUACAGAGUAAAUAAAGCUCUUAUGUCCCAAACACG